AUGGCCGAAUUACCACCCUCGGAGAAGAUUUCGCGGCAGUCGCCUUCCACUGCUGCACAUGACAAUAUAGAUGAUUCAAGCGAAGGCAGUAUUGUUGACUUCGAUGGCCCUUCUGAUACAGCGAACCCACUGAACUGGUCGUUCUCAAGAAAAGUGGUUACGAGCGGUCUUUACAGUCUGACAAGCCUCGGAUCCGUGUGGGCAAGCACAGCUUACUCUCCUGCCAAUAGCAAGGUCGCCGAUGAGUUCAAUGUGUCACCAGAUGUGGCCAUCAUCGGGACAAGUCUCUUACUCUUGGGCUGGGGAUUUGGACCGCUACUCUGGGCGCCGCUGUCAGAGGUUUACGGCCGGAAAUGGCCUGUCUUGAUCCCAUUCUUCGUCUCCAUCGUGAUGUCAUUUGGGACGGCGACGGCGAAGGAUAUCCAAACCGUCCUGAUUACUCGGUUCUUUACGGGAUUCUUUGGAGCUGCUCCGAUCACCUGCACCGGAGGAGUCUACGUUGACAUAUGGGAUGCAUCUCAACGGGGAAAUGCUAUUGUCGGCUACACGCUCGCCGUCUGUGGAGGCCCGUCCCUGGGACCCAUCGUUGGGGGCGCUAUUAUUUAUAGUGGCACAAAUUGGAGAUGGACUGAAUAUACUACCGGCAUCUUGCAGGCCUCGAUACUUAUUCCAGGUCUAAUAUUCAUCGAAGAAUCCUAUGUGCCGAUAUUGCUCGUUAGAAAGGCACGCAGGCUGAGACAAAACACGGGGAACUGGGCCCUGCAUGCUGAAUGGGAAGAAACCGCUGUUUCCAUCAAGGCACUCGCUAUAAAGUUUGGCCUGCGACCUCUACAGAUGCUACUGACGCCAGUUUGCCUCUCAGUUACUAUUUACUCCUCUUUCAUCUAUGGAACGUUCUAUGCCAGUCUGGCGUCGUUCCCCAUCAUCUUCCAAGAGGCACGAGGAUGGAACGAGCUCGUAGGAUCUCUUCCGUUCCUUGGUGUGCUUAUAGGAAUCAUUAUGGGAGCAGCACUCAGCGCCCUAAAUCAAAAAUACUAUAACAUCGCCUACGAAGCCAACGACUUCAAACCGGUACCCGAGGCUCGACUGCCGCCAAUGAUGAUUGCCUCAGUUAUUCUAUCCGGCGGACUAUUCAUCAUAGGAUGGACUGCUUCCCCACAGCUCCCAUGGAUAGCAGCCGUAAUAGGAGUUACCAUGAUGGGCUUCGGUUACUACACAAUUUUCACCAGCGCCCUAAACUACCUCGUCGACACCUUCCAGCGAUGGGGCGCCAGCGCCGUAGCCGCAAACACAUUCAUGCGAAGCGUGCUCGCUGCUGCAUUCCCGCUUAUUGUCCCGUCGAUGUUCCGAAGUCUGGGGAAUGAUUGGGCGUUCAGUGUGCUCGCCAUCGUCUCGGUGUUGAAUAUUCCGAUCCCGUUCGUCUUUUGGUUUUAUGGGCCUCGGAUCAGGGAGAUGGGGAAAUAUAGCUCUAAUAUGGGGUAG